UUAUGUAUAACUCAGAUAUAGAAGUGCAAACCAAAUUUUAGUGGGGUAAACUCUUGGAAGAUGAAGAAAUGUGCAGAUAAUAUUAAAAUGGAUGUUAAGGAAAUAGGCUGUGAGAAUGUGAACUGUCUAAGGAUCAUUUCCAAAGGCAAGAAUUAGCAUGUUAGGUCAGUCACUUGUCAUAACCACAUGGUGCAUUCUCAGGUCAGCUGUGAAUAUACUAAAUAAACUUGGGGAUUGUACAAGGGGCUAACUAGCUCUCAUUACAAAAUCUUCAGAUCCUUUAAUAUGACUUAAGCAAUGGGAAAAUGGUGGUCAAAUCAUGGAGGAUGAGGUAUGUGUGACACGGCUCAACAACCUGGAAGACAACCACCCUCAUACUCACUGGCAUGAGAACCUGUAAUCUCACAUAGUAAUCUGUAUCAUACUAUUAUAAUGAAAGCAUUUUUUCACUUGUCUUCCGUGACAGUAUAUAACAGACCCAGAGAUUCUCAUCACUGUAGGACAAAAAUUUCAUAACUCUUGAGCAUGAUCACAAACUGGCAUCAGUUGCUUUAAUUUGCUUAGACUAUACCAUAUCUCUGAAUGAUGGGAUGAUUAGUGAAUAAUAAAAUGGAAAGGUUGUUGAAGGAAGUGGUCAUGGUCUAAUUCAAGAUACUAUCCUGAUAUUUGCCUGGAGGUGGUGAGGAUAACUACAAAAAACCUCAGUCAGAAUAGCCAGUCUCAAGGCUGAGAUGUGAACCCAAAUAUGAGUGCAGGAGUGCUAACUGCUGAAUUGUGAUGCUUAGUUCUGAUCCAUAUAAUAAUGUGAGUACAACUAUGUAUGAUGACAGUUCAACAGUUCACCAUGUUUCUUAAGACCCGCAAUCAUGACUUCAAAAAAUAUGACAGCAGUGAGGAAUGGUGAGAUAAAGACCCAUGACAGUGAAGAGGAGUUCAUCAUAAAACACAAAGGAGAUAGAUAUGACAUCUCCAGGUUUCUGCAAUUUCACCCAGGUGGACGGAAUACUGUGUCACCAUACAAAGGGCUCUCAAUCACUGAGAAAUUCCUUGACAUAAACCAUUCUCCAGCUGCCACAUACUUAAUGAGGGAAUACAAACUACCUGACACAUCAAAAGAUUCUGUUAUUGAGGAUUUGGAGAAGCUGGUUGAUUGGAGCAAGCCAAUGCUUAGUCAAGUAGGCAAGCUAGGACCAAAGUACAAGGAAUGGGUAUCCUUUCCUGUGGACCGCAAGCUGCGACUGUUCUACUGGGACAUAAUAGAGAACAUGACUGUAACACCCUGGUACUUGAUUCCUAUUGUGUGGAUUCCUGUGAGCAUAUUUUUCAUUUACCUCGGGUGGCUCACAAAUCAACAGGAAAUUAAAGGUGGGACAGGCCUAGUAUGGGCUGUGGUCAGCUUCCUAACUGGUAUCAUAAUGUGGUCCCUCCUGGAGUACUCUUUACACCGCUGGGUGUUUCACUCGCAACCACCAGCAACAUCACCAUUUCUCAUCACAUUACACUUCCUGAUACAUGGAUUGCAUCAUAAGGUGCCAUUUGAUGACCAACGGCUUCUAUUCCCACCUGUGCCGGCAGCCAUAUUGGCAGUAAUACUGUACUCCAUAUAUACAGUAAUAUUUCCACCAUGGAUGCUCUCAUUCACUGCAGGAGGCACUGUUAUAGGUUACAUUAUAUAUGAUUUAAUGCACUUCUACCUUCACUAUGGAUCACCAACAGAUGGAUCAUACCUCUACAAUAUGAAGCGUUAUCACAACCAGCAUCAUUUCACACAUCAUGAAAAUGGAUUUGGAAUAAGCAGUACCUUCUGGGAUAAAAUAUUUGGAACAGAAAUCAUCCUCAGAAAACUGAGCAGAGCUCUGAAAUGGUGAUGCUGAAACAUUUCUGAAUGAUGUGUGUGUGUGUGUGUGUGUGUCCAUGAAUAAAUGACUAUAAUAUACUGACUUAUAAAUGUACAGUAUCUUCAACCAAUGACAUAGACUUAAGCUUCAUCUACUACAAAGACUGUAAUGCUAUGAUCAUGACAUACUAGGACUGCAGUGGAAGUCAGGCAUUCCUUGUGAAUUUCAUAUAUAUUUAAACUUUGAAGUUGUUAAUACUGGACCACAGCCAGUUAUGUGUGAGAGUGUUAUGUUAUAUGUAUAAUCUGCUCUUAAGAGGAAUUUCAACAUAUUUCAAGUAGGAAGCACUGAAAUGUAAAUGAAUAUGCAUCAUGCACCAGUGAUAACAGUGAAAUCACAUUUGUAUAAGCAUUGUAAAAAUUUGUUAACAAAUUCAAUAUGUUA